UCAAUAAUUCACAGCAUGAAGCUGAUUGGCUACAACUUGACUAAUCAUCCUCCACACCUGCCACAGACACAGAGGAAGAGUUUCACUCCCAUCGCUGCCCGUGUCCUUCAUCCUGGUCAUCUUACAAGCCAAAGAAGAUUCAUAGGUCUGGCCCUUAGAUAUGGUCUCUCCAGCCAUCGCCUUGGCCUUCUUACCAUUGUUGCUGACACUGAUUAUCCGGUACCGGUACUAUUUUGUGCUGUUCUACCGGGCUGUGCUGGUUCGCUGGGUGCAGGACCUGCUAACAGGGAUCAGCAGGGAAGAGCGGGUGUACCAGUACAUUCUGACACAUGCCACUGCAGGUGAUCCAGACAGCGUUCUAGAUACCUUCGAUCACUGGUGCAGCAAAGUGGAGUUCAUCAGCCACAUUGGGCCUAAGAAAGGUAUGAUCCUGGACAGACUGCUGAAGGAGCACUGCCCGCUGACGGUGCUAGAGCUGGGAACUCACUGCGGCUACACUGCAGUGCGCAUCGCCCGCUCCCUCCCGAUUGGAGCACGUCUCUUUUCGGUGGAGAUGGAUGAGGGCAACGCCCGGGUGGCUGAGAAGGUCAUCCGCUUGGCAGGGUUCGAUGAUGACACGGUGGAGCUGAUCGUGCGGCCAUCGGACGAGGUGAUCCCUCGGCUGCGUGAGGAUUAUGGCGUGGAGCGUCUGGACUUUGUCUUUAUGGACCACUGGAAGCGCUGCUACCUGCCCGACCUGCAGAUGCUGGAAGGCAGCGGCCUGCUCGGUGAGGGCUCUGUCGUCCUCGCAGACAACGUCAUCUUCCCCGGGGCGCCCAAUUUCCUGCGCCACAUGCGCCGUUCUGGCCUGUACGAGCACCGCAUACACCGCGCCACCCUCGAGUACAUCCGGGGCAUCCGCGACGGCAUGGCCGAGCUUGUGUACAGAGGGGUGAAGUGAAGGACAAGAACGCACUGAAAACUCCCACUCACGAUCCUUUGGUUUCAUUUUUGUACCCCUGGCAAUGUUAAGAGUGCACUGUGAUGGUAAUCUUUGUACCUUGUUCUUAGCCAAUAAAGUGUAUGGCCAAAGUGUAUGCCAACACUAUAUGGCCAAAAGUAUGUGGA